AUGCUUACGAUCUAUGGUAUUCUCGAGAGUGGCCCGGCUGUUUUCUAUACAUCAGCGGAUGCGUGUAAUAGUGAUUUCACAUCGCUCAAAUGUCCCCUCACCAAAAGCAGUGAGAAUAUGCUGGAGAUUACACUACCGGUGCCCAAACUACACCAUCAAAUCACACCAAUGAACCUGGAUGUGCUGUUGUAUUUGCAGGACACGGAUGGUAAGAAUAUCACGUGUCAGAGGUUCCCGGCUAAAAUUCAAUAA